GGUGAAUUUUCCAUUGUAAAUAAUAAACAAACGAUCGAUGAUAUGGCUUCAGUUAAUUUAUUACUAAUGAUAAUGAAAUACGUGAAUUGCUGGUUCGAAUUCUACACACAGAUGAACGUGUUUUAGGCAUAAAACGCACGAUGCUGACUUCAAACAAAAUCCAACUCGUAAUAAUUCCGAUAUUUUCCUUCAUUUCGCACCUGAAUAGUCAAAUCCGAGCUGAAAAUGACCUCGAGUACCCUUUGGAGAUACCUUCUUUGCUCACAACAUCGGAAAUCGCUGAAGAAAUAAUGAACCAAAAUUUAAAUUCAAAUUGCACCAAUCUCAGGGCAUUUUUCAACUCCGAAUCGUUCCAGGAAGUUGAGAAAAUCCUCAACAUGACCGUCGACUCGACCGAAGUUAACGAAAACCGGGAAGAAUACCAUUCACGAAUGAAACGCUGCACUGAAAUGGAAAAGCAAAAUAGAAUUUUAAAAGAAUUCCAAAGACGUUCCAGACAAAAAGAGUCGUCUGAUAAUCAAAAAUCAGGUAGGAGUCAUUUCAGGCAAAAAAAUCUCAAAAACACCAAUAUUCUGCAAACGACCCAUAAAGAUUCAAUUCUCCAGCAUAAUCUUGAUCAGGAUGUAAAUAGCGAUGAUGUCUUAAGAAGUGAUUUGGCUCAUGCUAUGACCGAUGCUAUGAAUAUGGAAACUUAUUCGAGAACCUAUAGAACUUUGCCUAGUAAUCCGAAACAGUUCACGGUCCCUUUACCUAACACAAGUACUGAAAAAAAUGAAUAUUCCAGUGAUCUAGUUGAAUAUAAAUCAAAAAUGCUAAAGGGGGAGCAACGUAGCGUUGGCGAUUUUUUACAAAGUAGUACUUUCCCUAAAGAUUCUAAACAUACAACGAAAAGUUCUGAAAGUGCGAGAAAUACCAAGAAAGGACCACUGAAAUCAUUAUUACAGCAAAUUAAAUACACAAUGCAAGGGGGUGUUCUGAAAAAUUCUCAGGAUAACAACAAUUUUGACUCUAAAGAAAAAAGUUCAUCCAGCGAUGUCACUUCAGAAGAAGAUAUCGAAUAUGAACCUGUGAAAUCCCACACAUUUUUCAACAAUUUUGAUCAUGUUACAACCCCAAAUCAAAGAUCAAAAAAUGAGAAAGAUGUUGUGACUCAAGCAUCAGCGGCAAACUCAGAAAUUAUUCGAAGAAUGCAUGAAGAGACUAGAAAACAACUACAGGCUAAAAUCGACGAUUUGACACAGAUAAGAAAAAAAUUAUUGGUAAUCGUGAUGAUGGCAAAUUCAGCGAAAAAUCAAACCAGAGUCAGUACACCUACAAUAAAAAAUAUUAAAAAAACGAAAGGGACAACCGAAAAGGAAAUCCUCGCCGGUAAAAACUCCAAAAAUAAUUUACAUUUUAAAACAACAAAUCAAAAUAAAAAAACUGAUGCGAGAAGUGAAGUCAAUUCGGGAUCAAAGUAUGGCGUGAAUCUAUUUCCCAAAAAUGUCACUUCACCAACUCCAAAAUUGUUGAAUAAAAUCAAACAUCCAAAAACAGCAUCGAAAGAAUCUCAAAAGCGGCGGCAUGAAAAAAACACAACCAUGUCCUCAAAGACACGUCCCCCAUCAAACCAAAUUGAGACGCUCGGUCAUCAUACAACUCAGUCUUCAUCUUCAGAAAGUCCUGUUUCAAAACAUCAAUUUCCGGAUCCCAAUCAGCAUUCAAAGAUACAUCUUUUAGAUACAGAUUCUUCACAAAAUCAAGAUCACGAAGAUUCAUCUUUUUCUACCAGAUCACAAAGCAUCAAAAUAAGAGACAAAAAUGGAAGAGAUAGCCUAAAUUCAGAAAAUGAACAGCAACGAGUUCAGGAUGUUACUGAGAAGACUGCAUCAAUUUCAUCAACUGAAUUAAAACACGACUUCCCCAAAACAACUACCUCAGCUCAACCUUCAACAAAUAGCAAACGUAAUACUCACACCAAGCCCACAUCCAAUAAGAAGAAGUCACCAGCUACAAAAGAUUCUACAAAACUUCUCACGCCAGAUGACAAAGCUGCUGAAAUUUCAUCAUCAACGAUGAAAAAUCUCGAGUACGUUCAGACAUUCGGAGAACCAGCUUAUUCAGAAAAAAGGACAACUUUGGGAGUAAAAUCUCAAACAACAAAAAAUACUGAAAUUUUGCCUAAAGAAAGUGAGGGAAUAGAUGUGACAGAAAAUGAAAACCAAUCGACAAAGGACAACACAACUGUUACAAAUUCAAUGGCGAAGCACCAAAAAAUUACAGCUCCACACUCAACAACUCUAGUACUUCCUCUUAAGAAGUCUGAGCAUUUACCUGAUAUCACUUCAAAAAUGAGGGAAUCCAGUCAAAUUUCUAGUUCUCAACUGGUUCAUCAACAUGACGUUUCAAAUGGACCUACAUCUAGUCAGAUUUUGCUUUCGAAGGAAAAUGAGCCUAAAAUGCUCCCUCAGACUUCUACAGUUGAUUUGAAUAAAGUAACCACCCCUCUAUAUAAUGAGUUUUUGAAGGAAACGCCUUUGAUUAAACAUUUAAGCGCAAGUACCCGUCUUCAAAUUUCUGAUAAUGCCAUGGAUCGCUCUGAAAUGUUUGACUCUGCAUCAGAAUCAUCUUAUUUGAAAGAAGUUACAAAAUCUCUCCAUUUUCAUCAACAUGAAUUACAUUCAGAUACAAGUAUCAAUCCUCAAUCAUUCCAACCUUCAACUGAAAUACUAACAAAAUCAACAUCAACAUUAGAGCCAUCUUAUUCAAAAACAACCCCUACUACUUCGCAUCAACAUGAAACACUUUUAAAAACAACAUCUCAUUCGAGUGAUACAUCCACAGGUCAAUCAAUCAUUCGAUCUCAAGAAGAUGUUAUCUCCUCAGAAGAUUCAUAUUUUGAUGAAAUUACUCCAUCUCAUCCGCCUCCCAACAAAGAACACGCGCCUGAAUGGCCAAAUUUGAAAAAAAUACCAGUUCUCCAACACAAAAAAUCUUCCGAAAAAAAUAUUGUCCAUUUGAAUAAUAAUUUCUCAAAAAUCACAACAGAUCAACCAACACCUUUUGAACAUGAAAUUGACUACAAAGAUUCAAUCCCAACAGAGAGCCAUCAAUUGAAUAGAAAUUCAAUGUCACAGUCCAGUGAUGAAGAUGAAGUUCCUUCACAAUUGGUUGGUAAAUCGCAGCAAUCAAUUUCUACUGAAAAUCAUCAAGUUAAGCAUCCUGCAACGAUCCCUAAACCAUUAAUUUCGCCACUUUUAGAAAAAUUCAAACAUCAACUCCAUGAUAAACUUGAAGAAAUAAGAAGAAAUAUUACAUUACAAAAACAAACUUUGGGUAAAAUGUCUACUCUUCAACCUCUUCAUUUGCGUGAUAGCAUCUCUUCAAAACCAGUUUCAUCACAUGAAUCACAAUCAGAUGGCAAUAUCCCUUCAUCAUAUCACCACCAUUCCUAUAAUCCAUCUCAUUCCAGUCAAACAUCCACACUUCCAGUACAAACAUUCCACCAUUUGGAUGAAUCCACAAUGAAAUCAACAUCUCAUAAACUCAAUGCUGAAAGCACCCUGACUUCACAUUUAGGCCAUCAGCAUCUGCUACCUCACUAUUUGGAUAAAACUUCUACCAUUCAACCUUUUCAUUCGAUUGAAAAGUCCUUAAGUGGAGUCAUCAUACCAUCAGAACCUCACACAAAGAACCAUAUACCUGUACUUCCUCAUCCAGAACUACCCCACAAAGAAAAAUUUUCUACUCUUGAACCAUUUCACUCAAAUGAGAAACUCAUGAAUGGCAUCACCUCAUCAUCAAAACUCCAUAAAGAAAGUCAUAUCGUUUCAAAUGGAGUUCAUAACCAUAUUGAUUCAUUGCAUAUGGAUAAGCUUUCCACUUUUCCACCAUCUCACUCGAUUGAGAAAUUAAUGAGUGAAGACUUUUUACCAUCAACAACUUUCACAGAAAAUCAUUCAAUUUCAUACUCAGUUCAUCCUCACAAAGAAUCUGUACACCAGGAUAAACCUUCUACUCUUCAGCCACUUCACUCAACUGAGAAAUCUACAAAUGGAGUAAAAAAUUACAAGGUUCCACAAGCAGGUCAUUAUCAUCAAGAAUCUGUACAUAAUGAUAAGCUUCCCAUUGCUAAACCAUCCCACCAAACAGGAAAACCUAUAAAUGGAGUUACCUUACCAACUAAGCCUUACACAGAAAAUCAUAUGAUCCAACACGUGGUACAUCCUGACAUAGAACCUCUACAUCAGGAUAAGCAUCCUGCUCUUCAGCCAUCCCACUCAACUGAGAGAUCUAUGAGUAGAGCCAACUCACCAGCUAAACAUCAUUCAGAAAAUCACAUCGUUCCACACACAGUUCAUUCUCAGAUAGAAUCUCUACAUAAGGAUAAGCUCCCCACUCUACAACCAGCUCACUCAAUUGAGAAGUCUACAAAUGGAAUAGAAAAUCACAUGAUUCCACAGCCAGGCCAUCAUCUUCAUCAAGAACCUUUACACAAUGGUAGGCUUCAUGCUGCUCAGCCAUCUCAUCCUACUAACAAAGUUCAUCCUCAUAUAGAAUCUUUACAUCAGGAUAAACUUUCUUCUCUUCAACCUCCUCACUCAAUUGAAAAGUCUAUGAAUGAAAACCACAUGAUUCCACCCAAACACCAUCUUCACCCAGAAUCUCUACAUGCUGAUGGGCUUCAUGCUGCUCACCCAUCUCAUCCAACUGAGAAAGUUCCUCUUCACAUAAAAUCUUCAUAUCAGGACAAAUUUUCUACACAUCAGCCACCUCACUCAAUUGAGAAAUCUGCUGAUGGAGUGGCCUUAUCACCUGAACCUCACAUAAAAAAUCAUGUAAUCCCACAUCCAGAUCAUAGACACAUAGAAUCACAACAUCAAGAUGAACUUUCUACUAUCCAAUCUAAUCCUCAGCUCAAAAGAAAAUCAUCUGAAGCACCAUACCAGAUUUCCACUCAACAGUCUUCUCAUCAUCACCAUCAUCCAGAAUUGACAGAUUUUGAAAAAAAUGCCGCUCAUCAGCCAUCUCAUGCACAUGAAACAUUUCCCAAAGAAAUAACUUCGUCUCAAACAUUUCAUGAUGAAAAUAUCCCAAAUUCUUAUUUAGUUCAUUCACACUCGUCACAUACAAAACAUUCAAAUGAAAUUUCCACUCCACAGCCUUCUCACCCACAUGAAGAGAUAUUAAAAGGACACACUCUACCUAUGGAAACACACACAGAUAGUCAUUCAAUUUUUUCACCACUUCCACAUCAUCAUAACCAUCAUCCAGACACGCCACAUUUUGGAAGUAGCCACACCUUGCAACCAUCUCAUCCAACUGAAAUGCCCUUAAACAAAAUCACCCUGCCAGAAAAAUCCCAAAACCAAAUCCAUUCAAUUUCUGAACAAUUCCGUCAUCCUGAAAAGAACUCGGCUCAGUCUCAUUUGACUCCACCACCAUUUCAUUUAUUGAUUGAUCAAGCCAAAACGCUACACCAAAACAACACUUGGACUGUUUUAAAAGAAAUGCAACGUUUAGAGAAAAUGAAAAUUGAAGAAAUAAAACAUUUACGAGAGAAAUACUAUAAUGCUGUUCAUGAACUACAAAAAAAUAAUCUGUUUCCAUCAAGUGGGUCUGAUUCAGAUUUGUUACACAAACAACAAAACACAAAGACACAUAUCACUGAUGGUACAUCUACACAUUCUCACCACAGUCACAAUCAAGAUGUACCAGGUCGUUCAGCAUCUCAGCAAGACAUUGAAGCCCAUAAUAGUUUACACAAUUUACACACAACCAAGCCAUAUUCAACAAGCUCCAACACGUAUACAACUCUGAAAAAUUAUGAUGAAAAUAUGACUUUGCAAGAUGAUAAGGAAAUUGUGGAAAAAAUUCCAUUUCCUUUGCCACCAGUGAACCCAAAUGAAAACUGGAAAUAUGUAAAAAAGUUGGAAAAAUUUUAUGAAAAACAGAAUAAAAUUACAACUCCAAAACCCCCUGCUAUAAUUCGCCCUCCUUCUAUAAACCCAACUUCUCAACCUCGGAUUACUCCACAUCGUUUAGUAAUCCCAUCUCCGACUACAGCUCCAACAACUGUGCCUCCGAGAAUGAGACCAAUGCAACCUUCUCGUAAUGCAACAGUACCAAAGAGACAACGAACUUCAACUGCAGCUCCUCCAACUCAAAAACCACCAUCUCCGGUUAACUACAAUAUAAAUUCGACAAUAAAUAGGAACUACAAUAUCACUAUCAACUUAGUGACACCAGAUUCUGCAUCACGUGAAAAUGACGAAGAUGGGGAUGAACCUGAAAAUAACGAACCAAGUACUAUAGAUGAAUUCAAUCCAUUUACUAAUUUGGCUCGUCCUACAGAUCCAAUCAAAACAGAAAACAAAAAAGAACCUACAGGAGACUUUGACAGCUCACCUCAUCCAUCUCUUCCACGACAACUACUACCCCAGUCUUAUAAUUCAUCAAACCUGCCACCAGCAAAUGAAACACCAUCAUUUUCAAGUUCUACAAUAUCUGACCAACGCAACCAACCCACUCCCUUCCUGAGAACUGAAAUUGAUCUAAAUGAGGAACCAAGUGUCUUUGAAAACAAAGAUGCCAUUCUUCAAACUCCGAUCCCUACUGCUCCAAAAUUACCAGAUACUUCAUCACCAUCAGCUAGUACAACCGUAUAUCAAGAAAUCGUCAAUAACUUGAAUAAUAUAACUAAGAGAGUGCAAUCUCAAUCACAUUUUGAUCCUACCACACAGCCAUCGACUACCUUCACCUCUGACAACAAAACAGACAACACUCUGAGUCACUCACCUUGCUCUAAUGUAAACUGCACUCUACAGGGAUGCAAUAAUAUCAUUAUAAUUCCCAAUAAAACGGAAGAAAUCAUGGAAAUCCUCCGACUUCUGAAUGUGGUAAAUCCCAAUGAUCAAGCACAAUCAACAAACCAACCACCGACCUUUUUCAGUCCCAAGUCAGUUCCUGAUGCGCCAGAUUCUCUACUGAAUCUUUUCUCUGAUAUAAAAUCUCUGCAAGAAUUGAUCCAAAAAUCAAAACUGACUCCAUUAGAGAAAACUGAACUACGCAAAUCAGUCGCAGACCUUCUGACAGCUUUAAAACAACGUCGCAGCAACGAGUACACUAGAUUAUACCUAUCUAAAGUGAAUCCUAUGGUAGGUGACAGCCGAGACAGCGUUCAAGCCAUCACACAGAUCAACGAAUACAUAGAACUUUUGGAAUUGAUGUUGGUGUAUUUGGCAAGAGACCCUGAUAGACUCCUAGAUGAGAGUAAAGAUGCUCGAUUUGAUAACUUUGAAUCCCCUUACCCUAAAGAUGAUCCUCAACGUCGAUUAAUCGAGGAUCAGUUUCACUACGUGCAUCCAAAGAUUUUGAACGAAUUCAUAGAUGUGUACAAGAAGUAUAGUAAGGACGAGACAUAUUAUGGUAAACCAAUAUGGCAGUUUUCACAAGAGAAUGAUCCACCAAGAAGGCCAACUAGGCAUAGAUCUUUGGGCAGUUCUUUAAGUAAUCUACUUCAUUUAAAAGAUUUGAUACCAGCUUUAACUUAUGAUAGAAGUCCAAUGUAUAGACCUGGUAUUCAAUAUGCGGAUUACCAGAAUUAGAAUAUUUCUUGUCUUUCAACCAAUUAAUUUAUUUGUUUUGUAUUCAAAUGUAUUUUUUUUUCCAAAUUGUCAAGUCUAAUAAAUUAUAAUUUUGGA